AUGGCAAGAAGAAAAACGGUUUCGUCAUCCGACAAUUCCUCUUCUAUGAAUAAUAACGAAACCAAGAAGAAGCAGACCAAAAAGACCAACAAUAAUCCUAACGCUUCGUUUGAAGAGAACAAACAAACAAAUCCGAAUGGUGGUUCCUCAUGGGUUUGUUUCUAUACCCCGAAGAGUAAUUCAUCAUCUUCCGAAAGCUCACAAUUUUCCAUAAAUACCUUGUUUACCCGUUCACUUAGAAAUAGAGCAACGACGAGCCUACCCAGUACUGCACAGAAUGAUAAAGCUACAUCUGAAAAUUCUUCUGCAAGUACUCACAACAAUCGAUUAUUGGAAGUGAUGUAUUUUCUUCCAGAAGGAGACUACAUUAAACAAAUCACUGGAGGUUCUGGUUUUACUGUAUUCCUCACAGAGAUGGGAGGAAUUUACGUACAUGGCAAAAAUAGUUUGGGAGCCUUGGGACUUGGUGAUUACAAAGAUCGAAAUGAAAUUACAAAGAAUUCAUUGGUGGAGAUGGAAAUGAGGUCCAAUAAGGACAAAUGCGUUCAAGUGGUGUGUGGCGAAGCUUCUACUAUAUUUGUGUCUGAAAAAGGUUUUGCAUAUGUCUGUGGUUGUGGUGAUAAUGGUCAAUUAGCUGUUGGUUCAAAACACAAGCUUGGCAAACCAACGAGAAUCAAGCACUUUGAUUCUUUGACGGAUGGAGAAAAUUGUAUCGAGGCUGCAAGUGGAACUAAAGAUUGUAGUGUAUUUUUGACGAAAAAUAAGAAGGUUUAUAUUUCUGGAAGUAAUGAUCAUGGAAUUUGUGAAGAUGGCAUUACCAUUGUCAGUCGUCCAGUGAAAAGCGAAUUUUUUGAACAAGACAACGAUAUUGUUCGUUGUUUUGAUACUUCAACGACCUUUAGCGUGUUUGGAACAGAAAAUGAUUAUCUUUAUGUGUUUGCCAAAUCAGGCCUUGCUCCCUUUCAUGACUCUCGCGAUCAUACGAUUCCAAGUGCAUAUAAUUAUUCAUUUUUUUAUCAAGGUAUUAAGAAGAUUAUUUGUGUGAAGGGCUGUUGUUUUGUCCAGAAUGGAUCCAACAAAUGGUUCAUAUUCCAUUCCACUCGAGAAAUGAAAGCUACAUCUCUCGAUGAAUACUUGGGUGACACAGUAUGUCCUGAAUUUAAAUCCUCAAAAGAUACUAUUGUUUCUGUUGGAAGUGAUAAGGAAGGAGUUUCUGUGGCUCUUUCUAAACAAAAAAGAGUUUUCACAAUUUCAACAUCAGAAAUUUUUUCGGAGGCUUAUUAUUAUUCGUACAUUCGAACGUACAACAAUUCAAUAUCCACGCGCAAAGAGCCAAAAGAGCUUACAGAAGAAUUGAAAGCUUUAAGUGGAAACUCAGAAGAUCAUAAUAUUUCUGUUGCCGUGAGUAAUGGUCGCUACAUAUUUUAUUUGACAUCUCCACACUCAACCGACAAUGAAACAGAUCAAGAAAGGAAGUUGAGAAAUCUCACAAGUGAUCAAAGAUGGUUCAUAAAUAACCUCAACACAUUAGUAGAUAACCUCACAAGUGAGACUGUGCUUGGAAAGAGAUCAGGUGGUGUUGGUUCUCAUUCCAUUGUUGUUUCUAUAGAUGAUGACAGCAAGUUCAUGUUUUCAGACAUUCAGGUCUCUUCAUUUAACAUUCAACCCAUACAUCAUAACAGCCAAUCUUGCAUGCCAAAUGAUGAUGAUUCAGAAACAUUUGAGAAACAAGGUAAAAAGAUGAAAAAGUAG